AGGAAAGGAUUGGGGGGGGCGGACCGGUAGUUCCGGUUCCGUUGGUAUGGCGGCCAGGCUGGUGGGUCUGGCUCGGGCCGGAUGGUUGAGAACCUUCCGGAAUGUGGGUCCUGGCUGUGGUGCUGUGGCCUCUCAGAUCAGGUUUGAGGGAUCCGUUUCUGAGACGCGGCCUACUGUCCGACCAAGGAAUGAACUACAACGCAACCAGCUCUCUGCAUUUGGUGAAUAUGUUGCUGAAAUUCUUCCCAAAUACGUCCAACAAGUUCAGGUGACAUGUUUCAAUGAGUUGGAGGUUUUUAUCCAUCCAGAGGGCAUUAUACCAGUGUUGACAUUCCUUCGGGAUCACACCAAUGCCCAGUUUAAAUCUCUUGUAGAUGAAACUGCAGUCGAUGUCCCUUCUCGUCCAUUUAGGUUUGAGAUUGUAUAUAACCUGCUUUCACUGCAGUUUAACUCUCGUAUCCGUGUGAAGACUUACACUGAUGAGUUGACGCCACUGGAUUCCCUGGUACCCGUGUUCCAGGCUGCAAACUGGUAUGAGAGAGAGAUUUGGGAUAUGUUUGGUGUAUUUUUUGCUGACCAUCCGGAUCUAAGACGAAUCCUCACAGACUAUGGAUUUGAAGGCCAUCCUUUUCGCAAAGACUUCCCACUCUCUGGCUACAUAGAGGUACGAUAUGAUGAUGAGGUAAAACGUAUUGUAGCUGAGCCUAUUGAACUUGCCCAGGAAUUCCGCAAAUUUGACCUCAACAGUCCAUGGGAAACUUUCCCAGCGUACCGAGAACCAGCUGAAUUACCCAAACUUGAAGCUGGAGAGAAAAAACCUGAGACAAAAUGAAUAGGAACACCUGAAUCUUUAGGGAAAAUCCUAACUGAUGUCAAAUCUAAAGUGGGCCUGGAAUGACUUUUCUGUAUCACCUAAAUAAUUUGUGUGGAACGUAUGUAAAUAAACUACUUGUAUAACUUUAUAA